UCGAGAGCGCAGGCGCGAAGGGCUAGAGCAGACCUUGGGGGAGAAGGAGACAUGGCGGCCAUGGCAGCGGCGGGGCUUGGCAGGCUCUCCCGGCAGUUGCGGGCUCCGGCUCCUGGGGCCCGGCUGAGCAGGCUCCUGUCGGCGGCCGCGGCGGGGCACGGAGGGGAUGGCUCCGCUCGCACAUGGAAGAUCCUGUCCUUUGUGGUUGCCCUUCCUGGCGUCGCUGUUUGCAUGCUGAACUGCUACCUGAAGGCUCAACAGGAACACGAGAGGCCAGAGUUCAUUCCUUACUCGCAUCUUCGCAUCCGGACCAAGCCCUUCCCUUGGGGUGAUGGGAACCAUACUCUUUUCCAUAACCCCCAUGUUAAUCCGCUCCCAACUGGCUAUGAAGAUGACCAUUAAGCAAGUGGACCACGACACCACAGGAACCAUUGAAGGUAGCUGGACCAGAGCCUAGGUUGGGACCCACAGUAUAAAAGUUAAUGCAUUCCGUGUACUGUCAAAUUAUGAAAGGCGUUCUGACCUCUGGCAGUCUGUGUUUGACUAGAGGUCACUUAAAAAAUAAAACAUCUGUUCAAACGUU